AAAGUUGCAAAAUUAAUAAACGGAGGGAGUACUUAAUUGGUGCCCUGGUCUACUGGCAUACUCGCCACUUUCUUAUUUCCCGCCAUUCACCUCUGCUAUUUCUCUCUCUCCUUUCGUUCACGCCGUUCAUCUUCUUCUUGUUCAUCGCUUCACGAUGUUGUGGGUGGAUAAAUACCGACCCAAAAACCUAGACAAGGUUUUAAUUCACGAACAAACUGCCCAAAAUCUCAAAAAAUUGGUAACUGAGCAAGAUUGUCCACAUUUGCUGUUUUAUGGACCUCCUGGUUCUGGCAAGAAAACCCUAAUCAUGGCCCUUCUUAGGGAGAUGUUUGGACCUAGUGCUGAAAAGGUUAGGGUGGAGAACAAGGGAUGGAAAGUUGAUGCUGGGACUAGAACAAUUGAAAUUGAACUUACUACUCUAUCUAGCACUCAUCAUGUGGAGUUAAACCCAAGUGAUGCUGGGUUUCAAGAUAGAUAUAUUGUUCAAGAGAUUAUUAAGGAGAUGGCUAGAAAUAGACCUAUUGAUACUAAAGGAAAGCGUGGAUUCAAAGUGUUGGUACUUAAUGAAGUUGAUAAACUUUCAAAAGAAGCCCAGCACUCUUUACGAAGAACUAUGGAGAAGUAUAGUUCAUCAUGUCGGCUUAUUCUGUGCUGCAACAGCUCUUCAAAAGUUACUGAAGCAGUUCGAUCUCGUUGUCUCAAUGUGCGAAUUAAUGCUCCCAUGAAUGAAGAGAUUGUCAAGGUACUGGAAUUUAUUGGGAAGAAAGAAAGCCUGGAGCUCCCGCCUGGAUUUGCUGCUCGAGUGGCUGCAAAAUCCAAUCGCAGUCUAAGAAGAGCAAUACUACUGUUUGAGGCUUGCCGUGUCAAACAGUAUCCCUUUACAAAUAGCCAGGCGAUUCCCCCUAUGGACUGGGAGGAAUACGUCUCUGAGAUAGCAUCUGAUAUCAUGAAGGAGCAGAGCCCUAAAAGUCUCUUCCAGGUUCGAGGGAAGUUCUAUGAGCUACUAGUUAAUUGUAUACCCCCAGAAAUUAUACUAAAGAGGCUUCUUUCUGAGUUAUUGAAGAAACUAGAUGCAGAACUGAAGCAUGAAGUUUGCCAUUGGGCUGCCUAUUAUGAACAUCGGAUGCGUCUUGGGCAGAAAGCCAUAUUCCAUCUCGAAGCGUUUGUAGCCAAGUUUAUGAGCAUUUACAAGGGUUUCCUUAUUGCAACUUUUGGCUGAUGCUUGAGCUGGUUUUCUUUUUUGACGAGAAGCUUGAGCUGGUUUUCUGGUUUAUCUUGGAUGCCCCUCCCGUUGAACUAAAAUUGCCCUCUCUUAGUUGCCAACUUGCAAAUUACCUUUCAUGAUCACUGUCACCUUUUCUUUUUCUUUCUUCCGUUCAGUUUACUAGGCACCUCUGUUGAAAAAGGCAAUAGAACUAGUGUGCUGCCAAAUGCAACAAACUGCGAUUGCUAAAGUUUUUCGGCGUUGUAGCUUGUGUUUUUGGCUUUUUUUGUGGUUAAAGAGGGUGAAUUUUCAGGUGUAUAUUUGUAGCAUGUAUUGACAAUUGUUCUGUAGAUGGAUGAAAUGAAACAUAAAAGAUUGGGAGCCUUUUGCAAAUUUUCAUCUAUUUGCUUAACACAUGGAAAGUUUGCCAAUUCUAAUGUAUCAUUGAUUUUGAGUUGA